UAACAUAUAUGUAGAGAGAGAGAGAGAGAGAAUCAUGGUAGCAAAUUCGGCGGAACUGAACUUAGGUUUGAAUUGGGUUCAUCCUCAACCCAAGACCAUUUCCGAGAUUCUCACAGAAGUCUCUGUAAUCGCUGAUGUUUCUGAGAAAUUAUCAAAGCUCAAUGGUUAUGUUCGAUUACUUGAAGAUGAACUCAGAAAGAUACACUCUUUUAAACAUGACCUCCCCAUUUGCACCCUUCUCUUGAACGAUGCAAUCAAGAGAUUGAAGGAGGAGAUAAUGGAGUGUGUAAGAAAGGAGAGUAAUUGUUCAAGUGAUUUGAGUGAUAAGAAGAACUGGAUGAGCUCUGUUCAGCUAUGGACCCCUAUCAAUGUCAAGUGUGAGAAUAGCCCUGCUUAUACCAAGAAACAAUUCUCAGAACCAGACAUGAAAUCGAGGGGCUCUGCAACUGAGAAUCCAUUGCAACUCUGUAGUUUUGGGAACAGGGGAGGGGCAUUUGUGCCAUUCAAGGGACUUUCUGGGCUGAGAAUGAAGGAGGAGAAGGAGGCUUCAUUCAUGCAUGGUAUAUCGCUUUCGACUCCGGUGGUUGAAAGGGGUUCGAUUAAUUUAAAUUUGGAAGGGAAUAACAGUGUGAGUAGUGGUUCGGGUUCUUCGUCGGUGACUGAGCAAAUAAAGCAGUGGAACCGAGCAAAGAAGGAGAGGCGGUGCUGGUCGCCGGAGCUGCAUCGGCGAUUUGUGGAUGCACUCGAACAACUUGGAGGAUCACAGACAGCAGCCACACCGAAGCACAUCAGAGAACUCAUGCAGGUCGAUGGCCUCACAAACGAUGAAGUCAAAAGCCAUUUGCAGAAAUAUAGAAUUCAUGUCCGUAAACUUCCAGAUUCUUCAGCUGCAACAUCAAUUGGGUCAUGGAUGACCCAAGAUCAGCGUGGAGAUUUGUCAGAAAAUCGUAGUUGAAGAUGAAGAUGUAUGGACUGAUCCACCUUAAAAAUUUUGCAGAUACUUACAUAAGAGAAUCAGAUUAUGAACAUUACAAGCAAUACAUUAUACAGAGAGGGAUAGUGAAAAUUUUCCUUUUUUUCUUUUGGCUCUAUCAUUAAGAUAGGGACAAUAAAGCCUUCACCAAUUCUAACAUUUUCUCAUUUUUCCUUAUCUCAAGUUUUCUAUUAUCCUUUUAGGAUGAAGAGGUUGAAUAAGUAUCUCUUCGUACAUUGAAGGAAUGAUUAUGACUGGCUUUAACCAUAUAAUAUCAACUUCUGUCUC